UUGUUCAUAAAAGGGAUGUUAAUUAAUUCUUUACUUUUUUUGCAGAGGCAUCUUUUUUAUAUUCUUGACAGGGUAGCAAUUGAUGAUGUACCAAUUAUUCUUUCUAUUGCAAAUUUGUGUGGUAGAUUAUGUGGAAAAUUGCUUGAUAAGUGCAUUGAAAUUGUGGUCAUGUCAGAGUUAGAUGUUGUUACUCUAGAAAAGGCCUUGCCCUCUGAAAUUGUCAAGCAAGUAGAGGAAGCUCGUGCAACUCUAGGUCUGCAAGCUCUUGAGAGUUCUGGUUAUCCUGGUAAGCAUGUGAAGAGGAUUCAUAGAGCCCUGGAUUCUGAUGAUGUCGAGUUAGUGAGAAUGCUCUUAAAAGAGGGACAGACUUCUCUAGAUGAUGCAUAUGCACUACAUUAUGCCGUGGCUUACUGCGAUUCCAAAAUUACGUCGGAGCUUCUAGAUCUUGGACUUGCAGAUAUCAACUAUAGGAACCAAAGAGGAUAUACUGUGCUCCAUAUUGCUGCGAUGCGCAGAGAACCUACAUUAAUAGUUUCUCUUCUAACAAAAGGAGCAAGUCCAGCUGAUCUUACAUUGGAUGGCAGAAAAGCUGUUCAAAUUUCCAAGAGACUUACAAGGUCUGUGGACUACUAUAGGACUACGGAUGAAGGGAAGGCUUCUCCCAAGGAACGGCUUUGCAUUGAGAUAUUAGAGCAGGCUGAGAGAAGAGAUCCACUUGUAGGAGAAGCUUCUGUUUCUUUGGCAAUGGCUGGGGAUGACUUACGUGGGUUAGUUACCUUCAAAAGGCCAUGA